AUGCCGUUUGGUGAUCGUCUUUAUUCGGGGAAUGGCAUUCAACAAACAUCAUCAGUGUUAUCAUCAUCAAGGCCACUCCGAAAAGGCAUUGUGUUGUUCUCUAUACUUGCGAUUAUUGUAUUUUCAUUGAUAAAUAUAGAAACUAAAAGUGUUUCUGCAUUGGAAUCACAGGUGAUAAUUCCAAUCGGAAAAAGAUUGGUCAAUACAGCAUUUAAUGAUACUUCUCUUGUACAUAAUUUGGCUCAAUAUUUUGUCAAUGUAACCUUUAAUGAUAACUCAGAGGCGUUGGCCAUGUAUAUUGAUUUAUAUGAGCCUUUUGUGAUUCGGUUUUGUUGCUCUUCAAAAUCUACUUCUGCAAACUGUAUUACUUAUGGAACCUGUGAAGAUAAUGAAUGUACAAGAUGUCCUGAUAUAAAACGAAGCUUUUCUAUAUGGGAUAUUCGAGGAGACAGUCUGAAAAAUCAAACAGCCAAACCUAACUCGUUGACAAUAGUUAGAAACAAGCCAAACAUUCUGGUUAGAUCAAUGAAAAUCGGAGACGUGGAACGAGUCUAUCCGAGCGUAGGCUCACAAUCCUAUCAUACCAUUGAAUCGGGAUACACAUCAACUACAUAUUGGAAUGGUUUGGAUGGUGUAUUGGGGAUGGGAUACGGUUUAUUCAACGUAACAUUUAAAAGUAUUGUGGAAAAAGUUGACAGCAAUUCUAAAUUAUUUGCCAUUAAUUUUGUGGAUGAUGAAACAAAAUCAGAUUAUGGAGGAGAGAUCUAUGUUGGAAAAUACACGAUCGAACAAAAUCUAAUGAAGAGUAACGUGGUAAUGAGUGAUUCUAAAAUUAUGUGGGCUGAAAGGCAAUACAGAAUUAGUGAAUUUACUUGGAAUUAUGCCAAAUUAUCUGAAACAAACACUCACACUUAUACCUACGAACAUAGAUUUCCAAUUUAUCAUCUCUCUUUGGAUUGUGUAAAGGGAUAUAACAACACAGGACCUAUUGAUAUAUUUGGAAAUUAUAGUAGUAGCUGGCAAGUUGCCGUUUCAAGUAGAAUUGAUGGAAUCACUCUUCCAGGACCAUAUUAUGAUGCAGUGACAGCAUGGCUGUUUGAUUUUGCCACAUCUGUGAACAUUGCCAACAAACCUUACCAAGAAUGGGAUUCAUCAAUUCUUUCAUUGCUUCCCGCAUUGACGUUUGUACUGAACGAUGGAAAUCCAGACCAUCAUGAAAAGUUUGUCAUUCCACUUUCUGUUCUCUUUGGCAAGAAUGGUUUAAGUUUGUAUCGACGAAAAGAAGAAAUGUACAUGUUCGAAGGAGAUUUAGUGUCAUACGACCCAACCAUAGAAAUUGGAACGUUAGUCUGGUCUAAACUCUUUGUUCCAGUAUUUGACAUGGCGAAUUAUCGUGUCGGAUUGCUUAGAAAAUCUGUGUCAAACAACAAUUUAGUGUUCAAUCCAACAUUUUGUCAUGGUUUGAGUAAGGCAAACACAUGCAAAGGUGCUCAAUAUUAUUACGAACCUAAAAAUCAAUGUUUAGAUCCUCCAUGUUCACGAUACUUUUUCCAAUAUGUGAAUGAGGACACCAAGACAUGUGACCACAGCACUGGAUUCUAUUUUGCAAUAUUUGUGUUGGUUGGUUUUUGUGUGAUUGCAGAAUUCGCAGUGUUUGAAUUUCAACUUCGAAUGGGAAGCAAGCUUGUUCAAUCAGCACGAAGAAACACACGAUUACCAAUACCUCCACCUGUUACUCAGCAACCACAAACCAAUUAA